GCGAAGGAAGCGAGGGGGAGGAAGGCGGCUCUCGCCGCACAUGCAUCCCCAGCCACACACCCCGCCGCCCGCGCCCCGCCUCGCUCCGCACUCGCCCGGUGCCGGCUCCGCUCGCCACCGCCUCCCGUCGCGCCGGGGCUGCCAUCCGCCGCGGGCCGGGGGCUCCGAAGCUGCCGCCGUAUCCCCUCCCCGCCCGGCUACCGGGGCUCCGUGCCCGGGGAUGCCGCGGGAGGCCGAGAGCCCCGCUCGGGGGGGCCGCCGCGGCCGCCGCCCCAGGCUCCUGGGGAUGCUGCCGGCUGCCCUGCGCCUCCCUGUGUGAUCCCCCAGAGGAUGGACGCGACUGGCAUCAGCUGGGCAAAAGAUCCUUCGCCGGGUGCUGGGAUGUCAUCCCCCUGGAGAUGGGAGUUACAAAUGGGCUUGUGAACUGCACGUGUGGCACCUGUGCCAGUGCCUGUGCUGCUGGAUCCUUGGCACAGUAGUCCGUGGCCACGUGGGACAGGCGAGACGUUGGCUACAGCAGCUCAUCCUCUUGACUUCUCUGGGAAACCGUGUGGAAAAGCUUCCCUUUGCUUCCUGUGGAUGACGGUGGUGGGUGCCCGUGCCCCGCACGUGGCUGGGGAGCUUCCUGCCCGCUGGAGGGGUGGGCAGUGGGCUCUGUGGGACCCCGCUCCCCAGCGAGACCAACGGUGGCGGAGCACGGAGCCCUGCAGCUCUGUCCCCGGGGACAAAUGCCAGCUGCCAGACUCUUCUCUGGAGACCCAGGAGCAGCCUGUGAGGCACCAGCGCUGACGGCUCCCGCGCUAGCAGCGGGUGGUCCAGGACGCUUGUUGUCACAGAUGUGACUCCAGCUGCUGGGACAGCAGUGCUCCAGCUGCAGGACAACGGCAUGCAGCAGGGAUGGGGAUGCUCUGCGCUGACCGGUGAGCCCCACGCUGCUUGUGUGGACUUUUCUCCUCCUCCUCCUCUUCCCUAAAGGAUGCUAAUUGCCCCUCCAAAAGCUACUGCUCAUGCAGCCUCCUAGAGUGCAAUGGCGAAGGGUCUGCAGGGCUUCUCGUGGACCAUGCUGCUGCUGUUCUGCGCCAUCCAGGAGCUGGGGGCCUGGGCCAUGCACGCUGCAGUGGAGAGCCCUGGCCUCGGGCAACCGGGGGACCCUGCGCUGCUGGCCGGCGGGCGAGUGAAGCGUGGCUGGGUCUGGAAUCAAUUCUUUGUGGUGGAGGAGUACACAGGCACGGAGCCGCUGUACGUGGGGAAGAUCCACUCGGACUCGGAUGAGGGGGACGGCUCCAUCAAGUACACUAUCUCCGGGGAGGGCGCAGGGACUAUCUUCCUCAUCGAUGAGAUCACAGGUGACAUCCACGCCACCGAGCGCCUGGACCGGGAGCAGAAGACCUUCUACACCCUGCGGGCUCAGGCCCGUGACCGGCAGACGGACCAGCUGCUGGAGCCUGAGUCAGAGUUCAUCAUCAAGGUGCAGGACAUCAACGACAGCGAGCCACGCUUCCUGGAGGGGCCCUACAUCGGCAGCGUGGCCGAGCUGUCCCCCAUCGGCACCUCCGUGAUGCAGGUGAUGGCGUCUGACGCUGAUGACCCCACGUACGGGAGCAGCGCCCGGGUAGUCUACAGCGUGCUGGAGGGCGAGCAGCACUUCACUGUGGACAGUAAAACAGGUGUGAUCCGGACAGCCGUAGCUGACCUGGACCGUGAGACACAGGACCGGUAUGAGGUGGUGAUCCGCGCAACGGACAUGGCGGGACAGCUGGGUGGCCUGUCUGGAUCCACCACAGUCACCAUCGUAGUCACUGAUGUCAACGACAACCCACCACGCUUCCCUCAGAAGAUGUAUCAGUUCAGCAUUGUUGAAACUGCCCCCGUGGGCACAGCCAUCGGGAGGGUGAAGGCAGAGGACUCUGACGUCGGGGAGAACACAGACAUGACAUAUCAGGUGAAGGAUGAGGAAGGAGUGGAGAUGUUCAAAGUCACCACAGACAGCAAUACCCAAGAGGCUGUCAUCUCCAUACAGAAGCCUCUCGACUACGAGUCAAAAAAAGUGCACACUGUUGUGGUGGAAGCCCUCAACAAGUUCGUGGACCCACGGUUUGUGGACCUGGGCACCUUCCGGGACCAGACCAUCGUGCGGGUCUCGGUGCUGGACGUCGAUGAGCCCCCCGAGUUCCGGCCCCCCUCCAACCUGAUGGAGGUCCAGGAGGACGCGCUUGUUGGUUCUGUCGUGGGGAUUGUCACCGCCCUUGACCCGGACACAGCAAACCAUCCUGUCCGGUACGCCAUCGACCGCAGCACGGACACGGAGAGGAUCUUUGACAUCGAUGCCAACACGGGUGCCAUUGUGACAGGAAAGGUCCUGGACCGGGAGACAGCAGGGUGGCACAACAUCACGGUCCUGGCGAUGGAAGCAGAUAAUCACUCCCAGGUAUCGAGAGCCUCUCUCCGUAUCCGUAUCCUGGAUGUGAACGACAACCCGCCCGAGCUUGCCACCCCCUAUGAAGCUGCUGUGUGUGAGGAUGCCAAGCCAGGCCAGCUGAUCCAGACAAUAAGCGUUGUGGACCGUGAUGAGCCUCAGAGUGGCCAUCGUUUCUACUUCACGCUGGCACCUGAAGCCACAAACAACCACCAUUUUUCUCUGCUGGAUAUUAAGGACAACACGGCUGCGGUGCACACGCAGAGAGUGGGCUUCAAUCGGCAGGAGCAGGACGUGUACCUGCUCCCCAUUUUAGUGGUGGACAGUGGCCCCCCAGCCCUCAGCAGCACGGGGACUCUGACCAUCCGCAUCUGCGGCUGCGACAGCAACGGGGCCAUCCAGUCCUGCAACAGCACAGCCUACGUCGUGUCGGCCACGCUGAGCCCCGGUGCCCUCAUCGCACUGCUGGUCUGCAUCCUCAUUCUGGUCGUGCUGGUCCUUCUGAUCCUCACGCUGAAGCGGCACCACAAAAGCCACCUGACAUCCGAGGAUGACGAGGACAUGAGGGACAAUGUCAUCAAAUACAAUGACGAAGGGGGUGGCGAGCAGGACACAGAGGCCUAUGACAUGUCAGCCCUGCGCAGCCUCUACGACUUCAGUGAGAUCAAAGGUGGUGAUGGAGGUGGGGGGCCGGGAGAGGGGAUCCCGAGCGGAAACCCGGCCUCCGAGCUCCAUGCCCUCCCGCAGUGGGUGCAGAGCCCAGACCUAGACUUCUCCGUGUUCAGAGACUAUAUCUGCAAGAAGGUGGAGCAGGCGGACGAGGACCUCUCAGUGCCGCCCUACGACUCCUUCCAGACCUACGCCUUCGAGGGCUCGGACUCCCCCGUGCCCUCCCUGAGCUCCAUCAACACCUGGUCCAGUGGCUCGGAGCAGGACUUCUCCUACCUGGGGGUCUGGGGGCCACGUUUCCGCCAGCUGGCAGCGCUCUACGCUGGGCGCAGGGGCGAGGAGGACAGCGAGGAGUCCUAG